UUUGUUUACUCUGACGCCAUUCUCGCGCGCCGCUCACGUGUUCGCAACCUGGAAGCGACUUCGACCUUUUUUUUGUUUUUCUCCCAUGUGAGGUUUGUUUUUGUUUUGUUUUUUACUUUUUCUGCUUUGCCACUGAUGUGACACAAAUAUGACUCUGCACACACGAGAAACAUCUGGACUUUGAUCGACGUGGAGGGAGCUCACAGCUGACUGAGAUGGCACACACGUGUCCAGAUGUGCGUGAAAUGCAGCUGAGUGGAGUUUCAGAGGGGAUGGAGCUGCUGCAGAUAGACGUGGACGCUGAUGUGGUGGAGGAGAGAGCAGGGAGAGAGCACGCAGCAUGCUCAAGGAAUGUGUUGAGGAAGCAGCGCAACUGGGAGAGGCAGGUAGCAGCGAAGAAAAGCAAGAGGAAAGAAGAGAAGCAGAGGAGGAAGCUCAACCGUGAGGAGUCAGGUGCUCGUCCUGGCAGCCCUCAGUUUACCAAACGGGUCAUGAAAGCGAUCACCAAAGAGCGUUUAGCCGAGGCUCAGUCCACAGGACCCAAACUCUGUGUUGACCUGAGUAUGACGGACAGCAUGUCUGACAAGGAGAUAAGUCGACUGGCCGGCCAGUUGAGACGGCUGUACGGGUCGAACAAGAAGGCGGCGCGGCCGUUUCAUGUUUUCCUGACAGACCUGAGAGAGGACGGUCGUCUCUACAGAGAGUGCCUUCGAAUGAACGACGGCUUCCAGAACUACAUGAUGGACAUAACAGAGGAAAGCUGUCUGGACCUUUUCCCUGCAGAAACCGUCGUCUACCUCACUCCAGAUGCUGACGAAGCUUUAGAAACAGUCGAUGCUGACAAGGUUUACGUCCUGGGUGGCCUCGUGGAUGAAAGCAUCCAGAAGAAGUUGAGCUUCUCGAGGGCCAGAGAGCUGAGCGUGCACACGGCGAGGCUGCCCAUAGACGAGUACAUGGUGAAGAAAGACAACGCCAAGAACUUCCACUCAAAGAUCUUGGCUGUUAAUCAAGUGUUCGACAUCUUGUCAACAUUCUGCAGAACUGGUAGCUGGACACAAGCCCUGCAGGCGUGGUUCCCACAGGGGAAGGGUUAUGUUGUUGCAGCAGAUGACUCACAACUCCCUUUAUGUCAAACUGAGUCUUGACACAAUGUGAUAAAUGCUUCUGUUUAACAUUUCUUUUUAUUUGGACAUGAAACUAAACAAAAUAUCAUGUUUUUUUUGUUGUUGUUUUUUAUUGAUUAAAUUUUUACUCUUUGCCAGGAGUCAUUUUUAUUGAGUUUAGUUUACUGUGAACAAAUAAAAGACAGAAACUACGACGAAAUUAUCUUUAGAAUGAGAAAUUACUUUUGUUUUUUUAUU